UCAAGGACAAUUAAUAUCAUACACAUGUACGACGCGCACUAGAGACAGACACUCUCGUUCCGUGAACAAAGCAGCCCCAAAGCGGAUAUGCGCCAUGGCUCCUGGAAAAUCCCUGCCGAAGAUGGCUGCAUGUGACAAAGGACCUUACGCGUAUCGUCACUGACGCGUGGGUGCUCAAGCGCGCGAACCUGAACUUGAACCUGUCUUUGACCUCGACCACUCACCUGGCAUUGUUCGACAUUGUUCUCCACAAGAACUCAGCAGUUUACCACCACCACACAGCAGCGUUAUCAUGUCUUCCUUCGCACGUCUGCUUUCUGCCACUUCGAACGGCACGAGCUACCCCGGCUCAAACGACUCGACGCGUCCUAGUACGCCAAUCGCGGAAUCGUAGAUGAUUGUCGUCGCGCUUUGUACCAGAACGACGAUGGCCUCCCCCCGCUUGACGCGCUCCAGAAGACGGUAGACAAUGACACCAGCUCAGUCGCGAGCAACAUGGUCCUGGCUCCCGGAUGGCGCGUCUUCAUGGCCUCUCCGGAUGCUCGUGCUGGCACUGAAGAUCACAUUGACGCGGUCGAGACGCGGAGGAACGGGCAAACUGACCUCAGGUCCCGCUUCACUGAGUCGUCCGACCGAGUCGUGGACGCGUCUACCACUUGGGAAAGCUUCUUUGCGAGAUUGCGCGACACCAUGCUUUCGGAGAUCGAGGCCGUUGACGAAGAAGAUUAGGAUUCGCUCGCGCAAAGAUUCAGUUCCCUGUAUGAUAGAGAGUGUUAGAGAUGAGUUGCUAUGACUAAUUCGAUUGCGCGAGCGUGCACCGUUCUGACUAUCUCCCUUCCACCAUUCGCGUGUUGUUGCUACUGCAGUCUCUACUGCCUUGUUAGAGACUGCCUUGUUAUUGGGUUUUCUCGUCAGGUCAUUACGUUAGUAUCACAUCAU